AAACACGGGCUUGGCUGGCAGGGGCUCCUUUCUGGAAAGAAACCGUGCUGUAUCCAGUGGGAGAGGAAAGCACUGUGGACCCCGGACGCUGCAGCUCUACCUGUAGCCUCCGAAUCAGGGACCUGCCAAAGGGCUCCGGCAGCGUGGCAGCCACCAGACAGCCCGGCCUCUGGGCACUGGUGCGAAGGUCAUGCCACCUGGCCCCCUUCCCUGUCCCAGUCACAGGUCGGAGGGCAGAACUUGGAACACUCACAUUCCAAGGGGCACCCCUGCCCUGCCCAGGAGCCGUCCUGUGGCAGAGGCAGAGGCAGGUGUCUGUGUGUCUGGGGCAAUGUUCACUGAUGGACAGAGAGGCACAGAGACGGAAAGACAGGGAGAGGAAGACAAACAGCAAAAAAAAAAAAGCAGAAGCUGAGAGAGACCCAGAGAGGUAGGCAGGGGCACAGAAUGCAAAAAAGGAAACAGAAGGGGAAAGGCAGGGCUGACAGAGAAGAAAAAUGGAAAAUGAACCCAAAGACAUGGAACCCCAACCCUCCCCCAUUUAGGCAAGGGCCCUGGAGCUGCAACUCUCAGGCACAACUUUCACUGCCCGGGGCAGGCGUGGACUCCUCCAGACGCCCUGGAAUCCCAGGCACUGGCAGCAGGGCCGAAGGGAGGCCCAGAGAGGACUUGCUCGGAGCUCCCCAGCCAGGCAGCUUGGAGGGUGAGGCCCACACGGGGGCUGCCCUGGAGACCCUGGGCCUACUUGCAGGGUCAGGUCCCCGUGCAAGAGUCGGCUCCCGCCCCCGCUCCCUCCGUCCUCUCUUUGAUCCGGGUUGGUUGUUCCAGCCCAAUGAGUCAGAGUCCAGAGGGGAGCCUUCCUUGGGCCGCUUUCAGAGACCUGUGACGAAGGGCGUUGCCUACCAUGGACGCUGCAGGGCUGAGACGUGGCUGGGAAAAGGCACAGGACGUCAACUCCCAAUUUUCUCACCACCUAGAACUCCUUUUCUUACUUCUGUCUCCCUGAAUGAGCUUUGGAGAGCCCGUGACUGCCACAGAAACUACCCUGCGUACUACUCAGGCCUUUUCUUGUAUCUGUGGACCAGACACCUGCCGGGAGGCUCCACAGGAGCCCCGUGCUGGUCAGAAACAAGCAGCUGUGCUCCACUUGUCAAGAGAGAAAAAUGAAAGAAAGGGCUACUGAAGAUGGAGAAAGUCCCCGACACCAAACCGGAGCUUGGACAGGAGAACAAAGACCCAAGCAGGAAUCUGAAAACCCUCCGGCCCUGGGCUCCAGUGGACCAAUGGGACCCCGACCAGCAGGCGAAAUAUCCAAAUAAGGGAAACUUGCCAAAAGACCCCUGAACUCCCCUGGAGGCCCCUUAAAAGCCUGCCUUGGGCGCAACUUCUGCCACUCUGCUUUCCAGAGCCCCGGAACCUCGCCUGAGGGUGCCCACCUCCUCCCGGGGCAACUUUCCUGGCUCCCCUUCUCCUGAGCCCUGAAACUUCCCCAGAGAGUGUUUUUAAUAAAUCUUGCCUUGCACCCA